AUGACUGGGGGCUCUGUCGCUUUUCCUGUGCAGGUCCUGCUGAGGAUUGAGUCGAAAACCUUCGAUUAUUUCGACCAGGGAGUUUUCCAUCACAACAACGGGAAAGCGCUCCUAGAGUUUGACAAUGAGCUCACCAUGUUCUUCAAUCAGAUCUGUGAACUCGACAUCGAGUUCCCUCCGAGUUACCCCUACAGCGAAGUCAACACUGAAGGCACGCAAUACGCGAACACCCGCUGCCCGGCUUGGUGUGACCGUGUCCUCAUGUCGCCGUGCGCCAAAGAGAUCGUUGCCAAGGGAGAGUACGUGUAUGACCUAGUGGGGCCGUCAGUCUGUAUGGGUGACCACAAGCCGGUGUACCUGUACUUCAGGAUCAGCGAUAGGCUGGAGCUGGAAGCCUCUGAGGCAACGUGACUUGAUCCCUCUCGAGCGAAUUCCCGAUCACCGCGGUGAGCGAUCAGGAUUUGACCCACCGGGCCUCGAGACUCGACGAUCCCCAUAUCCCGGGCCUCAGUUCCUGAUUAAACCACCACAC